UUAUUACAAAUCCAACGCUAGUAACCCUCUACCCGCCAUAUUUAUUUUGUGCCGCGCCAUUUUGGUGGUUUUUCAGAAGGACGCUGCGUCGGGCGUGCAUUCCAAAUUCUUGUUAAUUCUACAUAAAAUGGGCAAGAAAGAUAAAAAAACUGACGCCAGUGAUGGCUCUACCGAGGAAGAGUACGUCGUUGAGAAAGUUCUGGACAAACGCACUGUCAAGGGAAAGAUCCAAUAUUUACUCAAAUGGAAAGGCUAUAAGGAAGAGGAGAGUACUUGGGAGCCCGUGGAGAACCUAGACUGUGAGGAACUCAUUAAGACAUUUGAAGAGGCCAGGAAAGAGAAGGAGUCAAAAACAUCGAAGAAGCCCGAGGACCGAGGUAAGAAGCGCGUGCGUGACUCCAGCGAGGACACCAGCUCGGGGCGCAAGGGCCGCGCCACCAGCGUCUCCUCAGUCGACGAGCACAAAGAGAGCAAACGGGAACGCAAGGAAGAGAAGAGCAAGUCCGGAUUUGACAAGGGACUCAAGGCUGAGAAAAUUAUUGGUGCGUCCGACGCGACAGGGGAGCUGAUGUUCCUGGUAAAAUGGGCUGAUUCAGAUGAAGCGGAACUCGUGCCAGCCAAAGUAGCCAAUGUCAAAUGUCCACAACAGGUGAUCGCUUUCUACGAGGAGCGAUUAACGUGGCACACCCCUUCUGAAACGGAGUGAUUGUGCAAGUUAGGUUACUGUGCGAGAGGUACUGGUGCAUUUCUGUGACGACUGGAUUCUACGCGUUCCGUGUGUGUGAGGUCGGCCGCGCGACCUACAUCGGUAAAGUUAUACUAAUAUACUAGACAUUAAGAUAAAUAUAUUGUGAAGCAAAUUGGUACAAUGCUUAAAAUUUAAGUAAAUGAUUAUAGUUAUGAUAAUGGUUUUGUUUUUUCGAGCGAGAAAUGCAGCUCAGCGUCAGACCUGUGGACCUUAUGUAUUCGGGUUUCAUGAAAUGCGUGCUGUCCAUCAGUUGCAGCGAGUCUCGAGUUUAGGUAUACCACGUUAGGUACUGUUUAUUGCGGCGCAUUUGUUCUAGGAAGUACGACACUAAUGCGACGGCACGUGUUCAGCUUGUAAAACUGGAUAGCAGUACGACAAAACAUACCGAGUAUUUGUCAAUCUGAAGAAUACAAUUCGUGUUGACCGCAUGCAACAAUACCUGACGUGUCGCGGGCUGCUAUGUUGAUAAUUGAUUUGGUGCUGAAAUCAGUGCGUUAAACUCGGGUGUUUAAAGUAGGUCGCUUAGGUUAUGAAUACAAGCAUAUGAAACUAAUAUUAAGUAUUUUUAUAACUUAAUUAUAACAACUGAAUUUGUUAGGUUAGGCACAUAAUAUAAUUUAUAGCGUCAGAGUUGCCUUCUUAGACACCCUGAGGUAACACAGUGUUAAGUUUCAAAUGAUAUUUUUCUAAUACAAAUCAUUCAUUAGAGUUUAUUGAACCGCUAAUAUAUAAUACCACAGGGUUUAGAUAGGUGGAUGUUCCUUUAAUUGGCCAUUACUUUAUGAAUAAAACCGUUAGAUUUAGUGGUGAGCGUUGAUCUUACAAUGAUUUCACAGUUCAAGCGCCUUAAGGCCGACUCAUCUCGUAGUUUAAUUGUUAUUUACAUUAACAAUCCCUCUCAGUAUCCACAAGACUACAUUUAGACCAAUAUGUUGACUACAUUUAGACCAUUCUACAAGAAUGUCGUCCAACUUUUCACCUUUAUUGUAGUCGAGUUGAAGCUGAGUGGAUUUGGUCUUUAAAAAUAGUGUCAAUUUUAGCAUAAUUUUACCGUAUGUACUCGAGCGUCGUCGAUAGAGCAAUGAGUGAUUGUUAAAUUUAUGUUAUGGUUACAGGCAAAUAUUGACGUGAUCUACGUAAACUAAUGCAUAACGUGUCUUACAGUGGUGGUCUUACAUUUGCAGCUCUUUUUACAAGCAUUGACAUAUAUUUUUAAUUUUCUGCUUUGCUUAAUAAGUAGUGUAAUUUUCACAAGUAAGAUGUGAAAAAUGUUGGGUCUUUGUAUGUAAACAUAUCCAUCUUUAUUCACUAAGAGGUAGACUGAGUUGUAACAAAUGACAGUUUACUGUUUGAACAUAAAUAAACUUUAGAUUGGAUUAUUUGCACUCAUUUUCAAUAACAAAGACAUUUGUUAGCAUGUCAUAACCGAUUGGUCAUUCUUGCGUUGGAUUGAAAAUAAAAUGAUCUGGAAAUGAUCUGUACUUUAUAAAAGGUCGAUUUUAAUGGAAGAUUAUAAAACUCAUUUGUAAAACAUAAUUUGUAAGUAAAUUCAAUAAGUUGCAUAUGUUCUCAGUUUUAUAGUUACAGAGGGUACAGUGGACUACACAAAGCAUAUUGCAGCUAUUUAAUGUCUACUAUUCAUAGAAAAAAGACAAUAUAGAGACUAUAAUGAACUUAUUAGUUUCUUGAAAUUCGUAUUUAAUGGUUAAACCUGCUAUUCCAAUUCUUAUAUGGCGAAACCAGUGCACGGUGGAAGCCAUAAUACAUAUAAAGAAGUUAUAUAAUAUAACUGGCUUUGCACAUUUGAAUAAGUUUUUUGUAAUGUAUUCCAUAGUGUUUGCGUUACCAAAAACAUGUUGACAACACGCCUAAUCAUUAUCUUAAUUAACAUUAGUUGUAUAAUUUUGCUUUGUUCUACAAAUGAGAAUACGUCACCACGGCGUAAGUUUUAAUUCGGACAAGUUUCUAACAUGCAUAAUAUAUGGUGGAAAGUACUAUCUAUAUUUGUUAAUGUAUUUGUUAUUACUAAAUAUGUAUGCGCGUAUCACUUUGUAACCGAAAGCCCAGACGUCAAACUAAACUGCAUUAUUUGUAAUACAUUCAAGUUCGCGAUAAACUAUGCCGCUCUGAAGUUCCUCCCUCGACGUCUCGUGCCGGCUGUCAUAGUUAUCGACAAUAACUGCUAAUGACAUCAGAGGGGCAAAGUUAACGCAAACUGUAAUUGUACUGAAUCUUGUUUACGUAGCACAAGAUAAUUUGUUAGGCUGUAUCUUAAGAUAGUUUUAUUAGGGCGAGUUUGUCCGUAAACAAACUCUCCGACCUGCCUUGUGCAAUGGAAGGUUAUAUUUUUGUUCUGAGACGAGGAACGGUCCGCGUAUGACGUAUCGUGUUUAAUAUUAGGUAAAAUAAAAUUUUCGUAAAUAG